CUCUGCGCCCGCGCAGACCGCGUCGCCUUCGCGGGAGGCCUCGGGCCGCUCGCAGCCCUUGCCCUCGUCGCCCCGCCAGCUCUUCUCGCGGCCGCGGACCGCGAGCCCGGGGGCGGACGCGUCUCCGCUGCGCCAGGCGGGAGGUUGGGGGGACGGGAUGGCGGCCGCCGCGUGGCUGCAGGCCGGCUUGGCCCGGGUGCUCUUCUACCCGACGCUGCUCUACACGUUGCUCCGCGGGAAGAUGCCGGGCCGGGCGCACCGCGCCUGGUACCACCGCAUCGACUCCACGGUGCUGCUGGGCGCGCUGCCGUUGCGGAACAUGACGCGCCAGCUGGUGCAGGACGAGAACGUGCGUGGGGUGAUCACCAUGAACGAGGAGUAUGAGACGAGGUUCCUGUGCAACUCCUCACAGGAAUGGAAGAGAGUAGGAGUCGAGCAGCUGCGGCUCAGCACAGUAGACAUAAUUGGGAUCCCCACCUUGGCCAACCUCCAGAAAGGAGUCCAGUUUGCUCUCCAGUACCAGUCGCUGGGCCAGUGUGUCUACGUGCAUUGUAAGGCUGGGCGCUCCAGGAGUGCCACUAUGGUGGCAGCAUAUCUGAUUCAGGUGCACAACUGGAGUCCAGAAGAGGCUGUAAGAGCCAUCACCGAGAUCCGGUCACACAUCCACAUCAGACCUGGUCAGUUGGAUGUUUUAAAAGAGUUCCACAAGAUUACAGUAGGGGCAGCCAAGGAUGAGACAAGUGACACAUCAAAGACAUGAAUUACGUGGAUUAGAAAGAACUCAAUAUGAUGUGAAUCCCUUGGUCAGGAAAAAGAAGAAGGAAGACAUCCC